UGCGCGUGUGAGUGCUUGUGUGUGAGUGUGUGUGUGUGUGUGUGUGCGCGCGGGGGGGGGGGUGCGGCGAGGGCCGUCGCGCUGGGGAGCGGCCCCUCGGUGGCCACUUGGCUGACUCUGCGGCGCCCCGACCCCUCCCCAGCCCCCCGCCCUCGGGCCGCCUUCCUAAACUCCGGGGUUUGUGCUUUCAUUUUAUUUCCGACCACGUAGGGGGCUGACUGGAAGCGGUGGAACAAUUCAGGUUUUCUGGGGAGAUUGAGCAAGGACCUUAGUGGGGGGUGGAAGUAGGGUGGUGGUGAAGAUCUUGCCAGAAAACAACAACAACCAAAAAAAAAAAAAAAAAAUCAGUUUCCAAGGACCGUGGGGUUCGGUUCAACCCUGUGGCUGUUCUGUUUUGUUUUGCUUUCCUAGUAUAUAAUCCUGCAGAUAAGAGGGUAAUAUAAAUACUUCGGGAGAUUGGGAAAUUGCUGAAGAGUAGUAAGGGCAAAAAAAAAAAAAAAAAAAAAAAAAAAAAAGCCAGUCGGAAGCUGGUUAUAUAAUGCGCGAUGUGGCUAACGAGAACGGCAAGCUAUUUUUAUUUUGUUUACCGUAUGCUGUGCAGUAGGGACUCCUCCAAACUGGUUCUGUCCCCGAAGAGAUUCUUAGCUUCCCUGCGAGAUCCACAGGAUACAAUUAGUAAAAUUGGAAGACCCUAGUACACCCACAGAAUAAAAACUACCGCCUUAGAGUGGCCUGCUCCCUGCACACCCCUUCGUGCAUGCAGGGAAAUGUGUAUAUGCAAAUAAGCUCUCCCUUGGCAAUCUAGUAGUCCCAUCUCAAUGACAUUUGUGUUUUGUAAUGCAGGCUGUUCUUAAUAUCUAAACAUUGUGGGUACAUAUCGCACAGAGCAGUGGGUAGUUACUUGAUGGUUAUUUUUAGGCAUAGCUAGUUACUUUUCCAACCCUGUUAGGGAAGCCACUUCUCUUUGGGUUUCUCAGGAGUCCUGCAGUUCCUAGAAGCCCCCCCCCCCCCACCUUAGCCCACCCUGGGGGUUAUUUGUAGCGGGGUACUUGGGUUUUUUUUGGUUUGGUUUGGUUUGGUUUUGGUUUUUUGUUUGUUUGUUUGUUUUUUGGUGGAAUGAAGCCUAACCACCAAUCCCGCACAUGAACUCCUGAAAAGGGGUUGCACCCUCACAGCUAAGGCUGUGGCAUUUAAUCUCCUCCGACUGUCCUAUGACUGUGUGCGCCUCAGUCAAUAUUUUAGAAGGUCCGCAGACAAAUGGGCUUGGGGGCUGCCUUCUGGGUACAGCUGAGGGCAAAGGGCUCCCCUGAGCCUCCUGGCCGCCCAUGUUUCUCUUCCUACAGAUCCGUGUCAGGGGUGUAGGUUUUCCCUGCACUUACUCUGCGGAUCACUCCUGUAAUUAGAUCAGGCUGCCAUGGCAACAGACAGUGUGCCUCGUCCAUUCAGGUCUUUACCUCACAAAAAACUACUACAAGCACCAAGCUCCCUGAUGGAAAGGAGCCCCAAGCAGCAAGUCGCCAGGGUGGUCCGUUCAAGCCUGGGAUUCCUGUGUCAUCCUCGCAAGGCUGUCCCCUCCCCCACGGCCACUCCAGGGAAGUGCGUCACGUAUCAGCAUACUGCAGCAGAAUGAAAGCGUUUAUUCUGAGGCCUCAAAAGUCGUGCUGCCCUAGACCAUGAGCGAGAAGGCGUGGACUUCAGCCUGCACGGAUGGUCUGGAAACACAAACGGCCGUGGGUCUAGCCAUUUUACCCUGAGUUUCUCAACUGCCACCCCUUCCACUCCAGCAAAAUCGGUGUGGAGAGAUCUGCGGGGAAGGAACUGACUGCUUAUGUGUCUCCAGUGUGAUGAAAGCACAUGGUACAGGGAUUUCUCACUCCUCUGGAAGGAAGAAAGAACACGCCUGAGCCCGGGAGCACUCCAGCUUCUUGUGGGGAGUCUCUAUGGUGAAGGCUCAGCCCCCGCUACCUUCGAACAGCGCGCAGUGAAUGUCAUUCCAGAGCUGCUGCGGGCCGAUCGCACCCACGGGGAGAUGAUUCCUCAUGAAGAGCCUGGAUCCCCUACAGAAAUCAAAUGUGACUUUCCAUGUAUCAGACUAAAACCAGAGCCAGCCAGACAGUGAAACAGUCACCGUGGAGGGGGGACGGCGAAAAAUGAAAUCCAACCAAGAGCGGAGCAACGAAUGCCUGCCUCCCAAGAAGCGCGAGAUCCCCGCCACCAGCCGGCCUUCCGAGGAGAAGGCCGUCCCGCCGCCGAGCGACAACCACCGGGCGGAGGCCGUGGCAUGGCUCCCGGGCAACCCCGGGGGCCGCGCCCAUGGGGGCGGCCGGCACGGCCCGGCAGGGACUUCCGCGGAGCUGGGUUUACAACAGGGAAUAGGUUUACACAAAGCGCUGUCCACGGGGCUGGACUACUCCCCGCCCAGCGCGCCCAGGUCUGUCCCGGCGACCAGCACGCUGCCCGCGGCGUACCCUCCCCCGCAGUCGGGGACGCCCGUGUCCCCCGUGCAGUACGCCCACCUGCCACACACCUUCCAGUUCAUCGGGUCCUCCCAGUACAGUGGGCCCUACACCGGGUUCAUCCCUUCACAGCUGAUCUCCCCGACGGCCAGCCCCGUCACCAGUGCCGUGGCCUCUGCCGCGGGGGCCACCACUCCAUCCCAGCGCUCCCAGCUGGAGGCCUAUUCCACUCUGCUGGCCAACAUGGGCAGUCUGAGCCAAGCCUCAGGACACAAGGCUGAGCAGCAGCAGCAGCAGCACCUGGGCAGGACGCCGGGGCUCAUCACCCCGGGGUCCCCUCCACCCACCCAGCAGAACCAGUACGUCCACAUCUCCAGCUCUCCGCAGAGCGCCGGGCGCACGGCCUCCCCUCCGGCCAUCCCCGUCCACCUCCACCCGCACCAGACGAUGAUCCCACACACGCUCACCCUGGGGCCCUCCCCCCAGGUCGUAGUGCAAUACACCGACUCCGGCAGCCACUUCGUGCCCCGCGAGGCCGCCAAGAAAGCCGAGAGCGGCCGGCUGCAGCAGGCUAUGCAGGCCAAGGAGCUCCUGAACGGGGAGGUGGAGAAGGGCCGGAGGUAUGGGGCCCCCAGCUCGGCCGACCUGGGACUGGUGAAGGCCGGCAAGUCCCUUCCUCACCCGUACGAGUCCAGGCACGUGGUGGUCCACCCCAGCGCCGCCGACUACGGCGGCCGGGACUCCUCGGGGGUCCGGGCCUCUGUGAUGGUCCUGCCCACCAGCAACACCCCCGCCACCGACCUAGAGGUGCAGCAGGUGGCGCACCGGGAGGCUUCCCCCUCCACCCUCAACGACAAAAGCGGCCUGCACCUGGGGAAGCCCGCGCACCGGUCCUACGCGCUGUCCCCCCAACAGGCUCUGGGCCCCGAAGGCGUGAAGGCCGCCGCCGUGGCCACGCUGUCCCCCCACACGGUCAUCCAGACCCCGCACAGCGCUUCAGAGCCCCUCCCGGUGGGACUGCCAGCCACCGCCUUCUACGCGGGGACGCAGGCGCCGGUCAUCGGCUACCUGAGCGGCCAGCAGCAAGCGAUCACGUACGCCGGCAGCCUGCCCCAGCACCUGGUGAUCCCCGGCACGCAGCCGCUGCUCAUCCCGGUGGGCAGCGCGGACGUGGAGGGCUCGGGAGCGGCCCCCGCGAUAGCCACGUCGUCGCCGCAGUUCGCGGCCAUGCCUCACACGUUCGUCACCACCACCCUUCCCAAGAGCGAGAACUUCAGCCCGGAGGCCCUGGUCACGCAGGCCGCCUACCCCGCCAUGGUACAGGCCCAGAUCCACCUGCCCGUGGUGCAGUCGGUGGCGUCCCCUGCUGCGGCACCCCCCACGCUGCCCCCCUACUUCAUGAAAGGCUCCAUCAUCCAGCUGGCCAACGGGGAGCUGAAGAAGGUGGAGGACCUGAAGACGGAAGACUUCAUCCAGAGCGCGGAGAUCAGCAGCGAUCUGAAGAUCGACUCCAGCACGGUGGAGAGGAUCGAGGACAGCCACCACCCGGGCGUCGCUGUGAUCCAGUUUGCCGUCGGGGAGCACCGAGCACAGGUCAGCGUGGAGGUUUUGGUAGAGUACCCUUUUUUUGUGUUUGGACAGGGCUGGUCAUCCUGCUGCCCGGAGAGAACCAGCCAGCUCUUUGAUCUGCCGUGUUCCAAACUCUCAGUUGGGGAUGUCUGCAUCUCGCUGACCCUCAAGAACCUGAAGAACGGCUCUGUUAAAAAGGGCCCGCCCGUGGAUCCCGCCAGCGUCCUGCUGAAGCAUUCAAAGACCGACAUCCUGGCAGGCAGCAGACACAGGUACGCCGAGCAGGAGAACGGCAUCAACCAGGGAAGUGCCCAGAUGCUGUCUGAGAAUGGCGAACUCAAGUUUCCGGAGAAAAUAGGAUUGCCCGCAGCGCCCUUGCUCACCAAAACAGAACCCAGCAAGCCCAUGGCAACGAGGAAGAGGAGGUGGUCGGCUCCGGAGACCCGCAAACUGGAGAAGUCAGAAGACGAGCCACCUUUGACUCUUCCUAAGCCUUCUCUAAUUCCUCAGGAGGUUAAGAUUUGCAUUGAAGGCCGGUCUAAUGUAGGCAAGUAGAGGCAGUGUGGGGAAAGGAAAUUCGGCUCUCCCUUAUCAUUUGUAUCCAGAUUACUGUACUGUAGGCUAAAUAACACAGUAUUUACAUGUUACCCUCUUUAGGUUUCUGUUCUAACCUUGUCAUUAGAGUUACAGCCGGUGGUGCGCAGGAGAUGGGUGCACUUGCUUUUCCGGGAGUGUCUGGCAGUGACAGUGGCAGGUUGGGGGGUGGAGGGGGGACGGCCAGGGCAGGCCACCCCCCCUCCCUCCCCGCGCAGGCUCUGGGGCGUCCUGGUAGAAACGAAAUGUGGCUUCCGAGCACCUGCCUUUUCCAGCCACACAGAAGCCUCCACCGGGCGCUGACUUCCGCCGCUUUCCCAGAGAAGUUCUGCGGGGCAGGGAGCAGUCCGGGGUGCGGACGUGCGCGCGUGCGUGUGCUCCCGCGGGGGUGCGUGCACGUGGGGGGCACAGGUGCAUGGCCAGGGAGGUUCCCCUUCCCUCUGCCUCCCUCCGGCCCACUCUCUCCGGCCCUCAGCGCGGGACUGGAGGUCCAGGGGGAAGGUCCUGGUGAGGUUCUCCCGGCAAAACCAACACAGGAACUCAGCAGGGCCCGAUCGGGGGCCUCACUCAGACAGCAGAUGGGAAGCUAACCGUGCAGAAGAUCCUUCCCCCCCACCCCCCAACAUAUUUUACAAUAAAAGCAACUUUUAAUCCUAUAGAUAUAUAUUUCCCCCUAUGGGGCCUGACUGCACUGAUAUUUUUUUAGAGCAACUGCCACACGUGGGAUUUCGUUUCUGCUUUACUAGCGCAGUGAUGUCUCCGGGGUGUCCCGGUGGGCUGGGCAGCUCCUGCUGGCCAGUGCCCUGCACGGUGGGGGGUGGGGGGGUGGGGCGGCGGCCGGGGUGGCAGAGGGCGGACACCCACUCUGGAUUCCGUGCAGUGUUAGGAAAACCAAUCAGGUUAUCACUUUGACUUCGCUCCCAAGAGGUAGGCGCGAACUGCCCUUCAGAGAGCCGCGGGAGCUCUUGCAUUGGGUUUGCAAAUCUCGUCUUUUAACUUUAGUACUGUUUAUAGUUCAUGACUAUGGACAACUCGGGUGCCACUUUUUUCAGAUUCCAGUGUGACUGAGGAAUUAGAUUUUGAAGAUGAGCAUAUAUAUUACUAUCUCUAAGCACUUAAAAUGCUGUUCACACUUUAUUACCAAGCAUCUUGGUCUAUCAUUCAACAAGUACUGUAUCUCCCUUUAAACUCUUUGGGAAGAAAAAAACAAAACAAAACAAAAAAACUAAGUUGCUUUCUUUUUUUUUUUCCAACACUGUAACUACAUUUCAGCUCUGCAGAGUUUCUCACGAGCAAGAUAUUGGAAGUUUCAAUGUGGUUUAAAGGGGUGAAUGUGAAUUAUGAACUAGUACGUGACAAUGGCCACCGAGUACCGCCUCACAGAAGGCACUUUUCACUUUGACGUUUGAGAAAGAAUUAAAGGCCUAUGCAGAGCUGGCAGAGAAACUGAGAGAAAAGGGAUGGAAAAAAGAAUACUCAUUUUUGUCCAGUGUUUUUCUUUUUAAGAUGAACUUUUAAAGAGCCUUGCAAUUUGCACAUCUUGAGUUUAUAAUUUGUGUGAUAUUCCUGCAGUUUUUAUCCAAUAACAUUGUGGGAAAGGUUUGGGGGACUGAACGAGCAUAAAUAAAUGUAGCAAAAUUACUUUCUAACCUGCCUAAACUCUAGGCCGUUUUAUAAGGUUAUGUUCCUUUCAAAAUUCAUUUUGGUCUUUCUACCACAUCUGUCACAAAAAAAAAAAAAAAAAAAAAAAAGGUCAUAGCAGGACAACUCUGAGAAUUUUCUUCAGACUCAUUAAGAAAGUUUUCCAUAAAGACAUUUAUAUAUGUGAUCAAGUUUUUUUAAAAAAAAUUACUUUAUCAUUGUUGAAAUUACUGUUAUUUUCAGAAUGACUUUUUUUUUUUCCACCGGAAAUCAAAUCAAGAUUUUAAUGUUUGGUACAAACCCAGAAAGGGUAUAUUUCACAGUUUAAAAUUUUCAUCCCCAGAGACCUGAAACAUUGUUUGUGGGUUUUGAGUGAGUGUCUUAAAGUGCUUUUUAAAAAAAUAGUUUUAUAAGUAGGGAGAAAUUUUUAAAUAUUCUUACUUGGAAUGGCUGCAGUCUCUCUGAACAAAUACUAAAUACUUAAUUGGAUUUUUCUUUUACCACUGAAAGGAGUACUUCUUGCAUUUCACAAAUUUGAAAAAAAAAAAAUUCUGAUGUCGACCCACAUUUUGGCUGUCGAGUAUUCCAUUAUAUUGAGCUCUCACCAGAACUAAUGAUAUUUAUAAACCGUUUUCUGGGAUGUACCAAAAACAUUUGAAUAGGUUUAGAACAGCUAGAACUGGUCCUUGACUUUCUGUGGAUUUCAUUACCCUCUCAGCAUGCUGACAGAGAGCUGGGUGAGCCCAUACUUGGGGUCAUACUGCUUAUUUAGUGCUAUAUAUAUAUUUUUUUUUUUAACGUUUCUGCUCAGAGAACUUGCUUAAUCUUCCAUAUAUUCUGCUCAGGGCACUUGCGACGAUUAGGUUUUGUUUUUCUUUUCCUUCUGUAACCUUUGAUGGUAAGAGGAAUACGGGGCUACCAUAUAGAGACUCUGUCCUCAUCAGUACCACUAUUUACAGAAACUCACGUGGACGCAGAAACACACACACACACACACACACACACACACCACCUUUCAGUUUAACUUCCAGUACUGAACUAACUGGAUCCUCAACACCGACACUAAAAUGGGAAAACAUACAUGGUUUGCAGCAAUAGGAACAUCACCAUUAAUUUUUGUGCUUCUAUUUCAGGUAUAGGAAUAACCCAGUCAUGGGUUCUCUCUAAACAUUGUCCCAUUUCAUUCUCUUGGCUUUUGUAGCGCGUGCAAUACCUCCCGUGCCAAGAGGCCCGACCAGUGUGCUCUAGGGAACACUCAUCCCCUGUUGGGCCCAUCAUCCCUGUUCUGGCCAGAGAGGGGCUGGAGGGGAGGAACCAGGAAGGGGAGAGCUUCCCACAGCGAGCUCCCGCCCAGGAUGUGGAGGGCUGGGGCUGGGGCUGGGACUGGGACUGGGAGCUUUCGGGAGCCCCUUGUGUCUGUCACCACGUCGCAGAAAAGAGCCACUGGAGGAGAGCAAGGGACGAGCUGCAGUCUCCCCGUGGCCACGAGGAAUAGUAUGCAGUAUGGAGAGGGCAGAGGCAGGUUCGUUUCUCAGGUGCCCCCAGGAGCAACUAGAACCAGGAUCGACCCAUUCCAUCUCCACGGUGUUUUCCAGAGCGGGCAGGUUCCUCCUUCCUCGGUCUGUGUCCUUGACGCUUUGAGCCGUUCCUCUGGGCAUGGGCAGGGAGUGUGGCCCGAUGUGUGUGUGUGCUUGUGUGUGUGCACGCUGUGAACAUGCGGCCAGUGGCCAUGGAGGGGCCACCUGCAAACAAUGGUUACCGGUCCUCUGCGGCAGCUUUCUCUUCAAUAGGAAGAACAUCCAGAGGACAGGGAACCUCGUCUCGUUGGCAGACAUUGGUGAGCCCGGGGUGGCCUUGGUCCCCACUCCUGUGUAGCAAACCUAACAAUGACAGGCGUAGACAUUCUCUGCUGCCGAAAAGCUUAACGAGGAUCAGCCAUGUGCCUCUGUACGGUGUCCACUUUGCAAUAGUUAGCCAUCUUUAGUUCUUUCUUUCUCUCCUGUUUUCCAUUUCUAAAGUACUAACAGCAGGCCUUUUGCGUUUACAACGAAACACAAUCACCAAGAAAUCAGUCAGGGCGAAAAGGAAUAAAAAAAAAAAGAAAAAGAAACCAACAAACAGGAACCUCUCUUUAUAGGGAUUUCUAAAUACGUAAAAUGACUGUUCCUUAGGAUGUCUCACUUAAGAAUCAUUUCAAGUUUGUCUGGGCCACAUUGGGGAGGGGUGGGGGAUACAGACAAGGAUGCCACUUACCUCAAACCUUGUAAAGUGGAAAUCCAAAUUGCAUUUUUGUUCAGACUUGGGGAUAAUUUUCUAUGUCGGUCAGUUUUUUGGUGUCCCCCCCCGCCCCCGCCAACUCAACCUGGCCUGGUAUGGGAUUUUUUUUUUUUUUUCUCCCGUGGCUGUUGAUCCCCAUUGCUGACUCUGAAUGGUGCCCCCUGUGUUUUCUGUUAGGUGAGUGUGUUGCGCUUUUCUCUCCCCACGAGGAAGUGGCAGCAUCCCUCUUUUUCUCCCCUACAAGGAACUCUGCGAAACCUUUCUCACCUCUUACUCAGGGACGGGGCUGGCGUGUGUGUGGCACACUGGUGUGUCCAGAAGCAGCAUUUCGCCUGCUCUGGAGUACGGUUGCAUAACUCCGAGGAAUGUGUAGAUUUCCUGCAUCGUGUGGAUUACCCCUUAGAUACGGCAUACAUUGCAAUAUCAUGCUGCGUGUUCAUGAGGAACAGUAGCUCCUAGUAAUCAUAAAAUUCACUCUUUGCACAUAGUUUUGAUCUUUACUGAAAUGUGUUGCCAAAAUUUAUUUUUGUUGUUGUCGCUUUGGAAUUCUUUUUGUUUGUUUGUUUUUUAAGGAAACAAUUGACAGUACCCUUUUAACAUCCGUGACUGCUAAGGAAACCUAUUUCUUUCGUAGAGAAAAAAAAAAAAUCUCAAAAUGCUUUUGAAGACACUAAUGCCAUGCUAUUUCAGAUGUGGGAGAAGCAGCAGAGCUCUUGGGACGGGAGGCCAGGCUUUGUGAGCUGUGCUGGUUGUCAUGGCUACCGUCUCCGGAACCCACAAGCAGCUCGACAAACUGGUCUGUUCUCUCCCAGAAGGCUUUGCACUUCUGUUUCCUAGUCACCCACGAUGAUUCCAGGUGAAAGACGGGCCGGCCGUCUCAAUCCAGCGCCCAAUCCAGCGCCUUCGGUGGGGAUCUAAAAGGAAAGGAAGUUACGCUUUCUUUUUUAAAGUGGACUGGAAGCCUUUGCUUCCACCUUUGUGUUUUUAACCCAGAAUUUCUGAAAUAGAGAAUUUAGGAACACAUCAAGUAAUAAAUAUACAGAAAAUAUACUUUUUUAUAAAGCACAUACGUGCAUAUGCUAUUGUGUUGGGUUGGUUUCCUCUUUUUUUCCACGGACAGUGUUGUGUUUCUGUUGAUAGGGAAAUUCCAAAGAAUUUGCACACCUCCACUCCGGAGCUGAGAUUUCUUUUACAUAGAUGACCUCGCUUCAAAUAUGUUACCUUACGGGAUAGGAUCUUUUCUUGUAGCACUAUACCUUGUGGGAACUUGCUUUCUCUCUCUCUCUCUCUCUCUCUCUCUUUUUUUAAUGUACACCUAAUUUGAGAAGCUGAAGAAGAAAAAAUUUUGAAGCACUCAUUUUGAGGAGUACAGGUAAUGUUCUUGAAAAUUGCACAAAAGAAAAAUGAAUGUCGAAAUGAUUCAUUCAGUGUUCUAAAGACAUGGAUCUGUUGAAACAAUGAGUUUCAUACCCUGUUUGUAAAAAAAAAAAAAAAAAAA